AUGGGUGAUAUUCCAGUCACAAACGGUGCUGUUGCCACCAAUGGCGCAACAAACGGCGUCACAAACGGCGCUGCCCCGCCCCUCCCUGCUCUUGCUACUGACGCCGCCUCUUUCCUGUCCCAGUCUUACGACUACAUCAUCAUUGGCGGCGGCACUGCAGGCCUCGUGCUCGCCGCUCGUCUGACUGAAGACCCCAAUGUGACUGUUGGCGUGCUCGAGGCGGGCAAGAACGCGCUCGGCGAUCCGCUCGUCGACACGCCGGCGCUGUUCUUGCAGAUGCUUGGCAACCCGGAGUAUGACUGGUGUAUGAAGACGACGCCGCAGAACGGUGGCCGUAUUCACCACCUGCCGCGUGGAAAGGUGUUGGGUGGAAGCAGCGGAACCAAUUACAUGAUGUACGUCCGCGGCUCCGAACGCGACUACGACGACUGGGCGGCCCUCGCCAACGACCCCACCUGGUCCUUCGAAGGCAUGCGCCCCUACAUCGCGAAGCACCAAACGCUCACCCCGCACCCCCCAUCCGACACGGGCGUGCUCAACCGCGCGGGCAUGGCGACGAUCGCCGCCAACCACGGCUUCAGCGGGCCGAUCCACACCACCUUCAACGACUCGCGGCUGCCGCUCGAGGACGCGUGGCUGGCGGCGGCCGACGCUGCGUUCGACAUCAAGGACAAGCCCAAGGACGCGUGGAGCGGCGACCACUACGGCUUCUACAACGGGCUGGGCGCGGUGCACAGCGACGGCCCGCACAAAGGGAAGCGCAGCUACGCGGCGCGCAACUACUUCGAGGCGAACGCGGCGAGGGGGAACCUCAGGGUGCUGUGCGAGGCGCCGGUGCGGAGGGUGCUGUUGGAGGGCAAGGAGGCGGUGGGCGUGGAGUUUGCGCACGGGGGUGAGACGUUUGAGGUCAGGGCGGGCAGGGAGGUGGUGCUGUCGGCGGGUGUGAUUCACAGCCCGGCCAUCCUGGAGCUGAGCGGCAUUGGGAACCCCGAGGUGCUGAGGAAGGCUGGGGUCGAGUGCAAGGUCGAGUUGAACAGCGUCGGCGAGAAUUACCAGGAUCAUGUCCUGUCUGGAUUGGGGUAUAGGUUGGCGCCGGGGCAGAUGAGUGGAGACAGCUUGCACGCGCCCGAGGUCAUGGCGGCGGCGCAGAAGGCGUACGUUGAGGGCCAGGUGGGUCCGCUGGCGGGUGUGGUGAGUGGGCAGGGAUUCGUGAGCUACAAACAAAUCGCCACCAAGGAGGAGUUGGACAAGACGAUUGCCAGCAUCCGGGAGACACAGAAGACGUCAACGCCCUUCCAGCAGCGCCAGCUCGACCAAGUCAUCAGGCACCUCGAAGACGAAAAGUCUGCCAACAUCCAAUACAUCCUCGUCCCUAUCUCCGCAAACUUCGCCGACUCCGCCGUCGCCAACCAGUCCACCCUCUGGCCCCCGGGUGACCCAGCCAACCCCGGCGCCACCUGGGUGGCCUGCCUGCAGUAUCCAGCCUCACGCGGCUCCAUCCACAUCUCCAGCUCCGACCCCACCGUGCAGCCCACCAUCGACCCAGGCUACCUCGCGCACCACGCCGACGUCGCCGUCCUCGGCACGGGGCUCAAGAUGGCCGACAAGAUCGCCCUGUCGAAGCCGCUGUCGGGCAUCCUGGGCGCGCGCUACCGGCCCGCGCCCGAAGUCGACCUGACCGAGACUGCGGCCGCCGAGCAGGCGGUGCGCGACUGGAUCAUCGGCGAGUACCACUCGUGCGGCAGCUGCGCCAUGGGCGACACGGUCGACAGCAAGCUCAAGGUCAACGGCGUCGGCAGGCUGCGCGUCGUCGACGCCAGCGUCUUCCCCAACCACGUCAGCGGCAACUGUCAGAGCUCCGUGUAUGCGCUCGCGGAGAAGGCGGCGGAUAUUAUCAAGGCCGAUGUUGUCGUCGUCUAG